ACACACAGAAACAUCCUUGUGGCCUUUGCUUGCACAACACAAAAGAAGCGCCAAAGAAUUUGGAUCCAAUACUCGGUCCCAUUAUCUUCCUUCCACCCAACCCAACCAAUUUGAAGGCCACAAAGCAUAACUGAACUCUCUGUCUCUCUCACACACACACAUACACAUCACUUUCACAGUUGGGUAUUUUCGGUUUUCGUUUCUCCUCCUUUGAGCAACAAUAUUGAAGCUGCUUACUUCUGUAAUAUUUGAGAUUUAUAAACAUUGUAAUCAGUCUUCAGACUAAGGGCCUAAGAGGGAGCACUCAAAGAGGACCAAGAGGAAACAUGCACAAAAGGACAAAAGAGAGUGCCUAAAGAGAGGCAUGAGAGAACAACUCGCCUUCCACCAGAGUUAAGGUGAUAUAAGAACGAUCAUGAAUCGGCUUGCAAGUUCUGCACGUCUCAUGAUAGUUUCAGAUCUUGACCUUACGAUGGUGGAUCAUCAUGACUCUGAGAACCUUUCCCUGCUUAGGUUUAAUGCCUUGUGGGAAGCCAAUUAUCGUCAUGAUUCUCUGCUGGUGUUCUCAACUGGAAGAUCACCGACAUUGUACAAACAGUUGAGGAAAGAGAAGCCGAUGCUAACUCCAGACAUAACCAUAAUGUCUGUAGGAACUGAGAUAACAUAUGGUAAUUCAAUGGUGCCAGAUGAUGGAUGGGUUGAAUUCUUAAAUCAGAAAUGGGACAAGAAUAUAGUUGUUGAGGAAACAAGAAAAUUUUCUGAACUUACUCUUCAGUCAGAAACAGAGCAACGACCACACAAGGUUAGCUUCUAUGUUCAGAAAGACAAGGCACAGGAAGUAAUGAAGGCUCUGUCUGAGCGUUUAGAAAAACGUGGGCUGGAUGCUAAAAUAAUUUACAGUGGAGGGAUGGAUUUAGAUAUAUUGCCACAAGGUGCUGGUAAAGGGAAAGCUCUUGCUUAUCUCCUUGAAAAGUUUAAGACUGAGGACAAAUUGCCUCAUAACACUCUUGUUUGUGGUGACUCUGGUAACGAUGCUGAACUAUUUAGCAUUCCAGAUGUAUAUGGUGUCAUGGUCAGUAAUGCGCAGGAAGAAUUAUUGCAGUGGCAUGCUGCAAAUGCUAAAGAUAACCCAAAAAUAAUUCAUGCGAGUGAAAGGUGUGCGGCGGGUAUUAUACAAGCCAUUGGUCACUUUGGCCUGGGUCCAAAUACAUCUCCUAGAGAUGUCACAGACUUGUCAGACUCUAAGUUGGAGAACUUCGAUCCUGCUUAUGAAGUAGUGAAGUAUUACUUGUUUUUCGAGAGAUGGAGGCGUGCAGAAGUCGAGAAUUCUGAACUAUUUGUGGCAAAUCUGAAAGCAGUUUCUUAUCCCUCUGGUGUUUUUGUCCACCCAUCUGGUGUUGAGCAAUCUCUGCAUGAGUGCAUUGAUUCAUUGAGGAGAUGCUAUGGAGACAAACAAGGAAAACAAUUUCGGGUUUGGGUUGAUCAGGUUUUACCUGAACAGAUUUGUUCAGAUGCAUGGCUAGUUCGGUUCAAGAAGUGGGAACUAUCUGGUGAAGAGUGGCAGUGUUGCAUGACCACGGCUUUAUUAAGUUCCAAGGAUGUGAGUGUGGUAGAAGGGCUCACUUGGGUACAUGUGCAUCAGACAUGGUUAAACGGAGCAGGGCCAAUCGACCAUACAACCUGGGUCUGCUAGACGUGACUCCCAAUCCAGCCCGACUUUGAAGAUCCAGCAUCUUAAUCUCUUUUUUUCUCCUAGAAUAAAUGUUUAAUACACAUAUUAUACUAUUGAUCCAUUCUAGAUGGCUUGUUAAUUACAUUACACAUAUUUCUUAUAAAGCA